ACCCUGCACCGAGCCAUGGGGACGAGACUGGAGUUCAGUACAGCUUUUCAUCCCCAGACAGAUGGCCAGUCGGAGCGGACGAUCCAGUACUUGGAGGACAUAUUGAGGGCUGUGGUCUUGGACCGUAGCCUAACCUGGGAGAGUGCCUUGCCUUUGGUCGAGCUGACUUACAACAAUAGCUACCACUCCACGAUCAAGAUGGUCCCGUUCGAGGCAUUGUAUGGACGUAAGGUCCGAACACCUUUGUACUGGGAUGAGAUCGGGGAGAGGACGAUCAUGGGUCCGGAGUUCAUUCAUAGAGCUGCGGAGACAGUUGAGGCUAUCCGGAAGCAUAUCCGGUUAGCCCAAGAGAGGCAGAAAGUCUAUGCCGACCGGAAGAGGGAUGAGCACGAGUAUGCCGUCGGAGAUCAUGUCUUCCUGAAGGUCUCGCCCAUGAAGGGUGUGAUCCGCUUCGGGAAGAAGGGGAAGCUCAAACCGCGUUAUAUUGGGCCAUUCGAGAUCCUUGCCCGAGUCGGGAACUUGGCUUAUCGGCUGGCUUUACCACCUAGCUUGUCGGGAGUGCACGACGUGUUUCAUGUCUCCAUGUUGUGGAGAUACGUGCAUAAUCCCGAUCACGUAGUGGACUUCGGUGAACUGCAGGUCGAGCGAGACCUUACCUACGAGGAGGUACCGGUAGCCAUUUUGGACCAGAAGGUCCAUCAGUUGAGGAACCGGGCAGUGAGCUUGGUGAAGGUGCUUUGGAGCCGACAUGACGAGACAGAGGCGACUUGGGAGAAGGAGGCCGAACUUUGGAGGCGAUAUCCGAACUUUGAUACUGGUACCCCUGUACCCGACCUACAGCGAGAUAGUGACCGACCUGAAUUUUUAAAUCGUCGGGAGUUAAUCGAUGAGGCUGUGACAGCUUUGAAUACUCUGAAAUUAUAUGUUGGCAAGUAUGAUAAAAAUUUUAUUCAACUCCCUGAAACUGAUAAAAAAAUUCUUCCUUCUACUUUGCAGGCCCCGGAGCUUGAAAUGAAAUCCUUGCCGAGCCAUUUAAAAUACGUUUACUUGGGAGAUGAUCGAACACUCCCGGUGAUAGUAUCGUCUAAGCUGAAACCUGACCAGGAGGCAGCCCUCAUUGACGUGUUGAGAAAUUACAAACGAGCAAUUGGAUGGACCAUUGCCGAUUUGCGAGGGAUAAGCCCGUCCGUAUGCAUGCAUCGUAUUCUCCUCGAGGAGGACGCUAAACCAUCUCGCGAGGCGCAGCGAAGGCUGAAUCCUCCCAUGAUGGAGGUGGUGAAGAAUGAAAUCAUUAAGUUGUUGGAUGUGGGAGUCAUUUAUCCGAUCUCUGAUAGCCGUUGGGUGAGCCCGACACAAGUGGUCCCAAAGAAGUCGGGUGUGACUGUUGUUGGAACCCACGAGGGUGAGUUGGUUCCCACACGUGUACAGACCGGGUGGAGGGUAUGCAUCGACUAUCGUAAGUUAAAUGUCAUGACUCGUAAGGAUCAUUUCCCAUUACCUUUUAUUGAUCAGAUGUUAGAACGAUUAGCAGGUUACUCUUACUAUUGCUUUCUAGAUGGCUAUUCAGGUUAUUUUCAGAUUCCCAUCGCACCCGAGGAUCAGGAGAAGACCACAUUUACAUGCCCAUUCGGGACAUUCGCGUACAGACGCAUGCCAUUCGGAUUAUGCAAUGCACCGGCCACGUUUCAAAGGUGCAUGGUGAGCAUCUUUUCAGAAUACGUUGGCAAUAUAAUUGAGGUAUUUAUGGAUGACUUUAGUGUCUAUGGUGCGUCUUUUAAUUCGGGCCUCGAGAACCUCGCUUUAAUCUUAAAACGGUGUAUAGAAACGAACCUUGUUCUUAAUUGGGAAAAAUGUCAUUUUAUGGUAGAACAAGGUAUUGUUUUAGGACACAUUGUUUCUAAGCGAGGUAUUGAAGUUGAUAAGUCCAAGGUCGAUAUUAUUACUGCUUUGCCUUACCCCGCAAGCGUGCGGGAAGUGCGUUCUUUUCUUGGCCAUGCAGGAUUUUAUCGUCGGUUCAUUAAGGACUUCUCGAAGGUAGCAGCCCCUUUGUGCUCACUGCUGCAAAAAGACGUGGAGUUCC